AUGAAGCUCAACAUCUCCUACCCGGCCAAUGGGUCUCAGAAGAUCAUCGAGGUUGACGAUGAGCGCAAGCUCCGUCCCUUCAUGGAGAAGCGCAUGGGAACCGAAGUUGCCGGCGACUCUCUCGGUGACGAGUUCAAGGGUUACAUCCUCAAGAUCACCGGUGGUAACGACAAGCAAGGUUUCCCCAUGAAGCAGGGUGUUCUCCUCCCCACCCGUACCCGCCUCCUCCUUGCCGAUGGCCACAGCUGCUACCGCCCCCGCCGCACUGGUGAGCGCAAGCGCAAGUCCGUCCGUGGUGCCAUCACCGGUCAGGACCUCUCUGUUCUUGCCCUGAGCAUCGUCAAGCAGGGUGAGGGUGAGCUCCCCGGUCUCACCGACACCGUUGUCCCCAAGAGACUCGGCCCCAAGCGUGCCACCAAGAUCCGCCGCUUCUUCGGUCUCGACAAGAAGGACGACGUCCGCAAGUUCGUCAUCCGUCGUACCGUCACCCGUGAGGGCAAGCCCGACUACACCAAGGCCCCCAAGAUCCAGCGUCUGGUUACUCCCCAGCGUCUCCAGCGCAAGCGCCAGCGCAUUGCCCUCAAGCGCCGUCGUGCUGAGGCUGCCCGCGAGGCUGCUAACGACUACGCCAAGCUCCUUGCCAGCCGUGUCCACGAGGAGAAGGCCAAGCGUGAUGAGCUCCGCAAGCGGAGAGCGUCUUCGAUGAGGAAGUAA